UCCUCUCUUUCUCUUCUCGUUUUGCAACUUCCGGCGAUCACGAUGCGAGGCCACCGGAGCAACUUUUCGCUGGCCACGUCCGUCGACCUGGACGUCGAAGGUGGCGGCAGACUGGACGAGGACUACGAUGGAGGCUGGCCCUCGUCGUCGCAGCUGGCCUGGUCGGCCAAGGGACCCGCGGCGUCGGUUCCCAGCAUGGGCAUCCUUCGUUCGGCUCGCUGCCACCUUGCCUGGGCCCGCUGCGGCUUCAGCGACGCCAAUCGAUGGAAGGAAGCUGCGCGUGUGGCCAUGGGUGCUCCCGAUGUUCGCAACUCCAUUCUCAAGGGUCUCAUCUUGACCUCGACGAUCGCUGCGCUCAUCUUCUUCUUCGAGCUCGCCUUUUUCCCCAGCCAGCUCUUCUUCUCGACACACGACCCAGAUGCCAGCUCGAUUGGCAGCGUCUUCUGGCUCUACCCACUAGUGGCUGGGAGCUACUUUCUGGCCUCGAGCUGGACCGUCGACGUCGCCCAGGCCACCUACCAGCUCAAGCACGGCCGCUUCCUCAGCGUCGCCGACUUCCAGGCGCCCAAUUCGCCGGGCUUUUCGACCACGUCGAGGGUGGUGGCCGAGAAGUCGUACCUCGUCAUUCUCGUGGUGAACUACACCAUCAUCAGUCUGAUCCUGCAGCAGGUCCCCAUUGUCGGCAAAUGGCUCUCCUUCUUCUUCAUGUCUUUCAUCGACGCAUACUACUGCUUUGAGCAGGCGUGGAUCGCACGAGGCUGGGCCGUGGAGCGGCGCAUGCGGUAUGCCGAAUCGCGCUGGGCCUACUUUGUCGCUUUUGGCCUUCCAUCGACGGCCGUCUCCUUCUUCCACCCCUCGGGUCUCCUCAACCUCAUGCUCUUCAUGCUCUGUUUCCCCAUUUGCUCUGUGCUGGCCAUGCUCGCGAACCCGCAACCGCGCGUCGCACCCACCUCGUCGGUGUCGGACGUCACGAGCCCCAAGCUGGCCACCUCGCCCUCUUCCUUCUCCAACGGGUCCUCCGCGACCGGCUCGGUGGCAGGAGGCGCAGGCACGCUCUCUGCCUUUAUGCCCGCUCGUCUGCCCAUCUUCUGGCCCACUGUCAAGGUCUACCGCAUCAUCCUGAGCCUGUUCCCUGCAUCGUCUGCGCCUUCUUCGGGUGGAGCAGGGCCCGCCCGGUCACUGCAUCAACAGCAGCAGCAGCAACCGCAGCACUUUGCCGCACCGCGCUUUGCCCCGACGCAGUACGGCGUGGGCGCAGGGUCCGGCGUCGAUGUUGGCAUCCCGAUGGGCGGCGGCGGCGGCGGCGCAGGAGGGCCGUCGUCGAUGGGAGGACCAGGGUCCACGGGGACGAGGAGGACAAAUGCAGCUGCGCAAUUUGUCGAUGGAGCGUGGAGCGGUGGCGCGCCGGGCUCCUCACCCAGGCUGGGAGGCGGUCCACCGAAACUCAAUGGCGCCACGCCACCGCCAUCUGCCUCUGGCGUCUACCCAUCUGCGACUUAUCAGAGUCAGCCGGUUCCGCCGCCACCAAAAGUCGCACCGAGGUCUGCGGCUGCUGGCUCGGGCGCAAAGAAGAGGGAUUAGAACAUUACGUUACUAUUUUUUUGUUGAUUGUGUCAAGGGUUGGUGGUCAUUCAACUACGAGGUAUCAGGCGCAUGAAUGUCAAUAAUGGUC